AGCAUUCCUGGCAAGUGUGGACGCAAAACAUUUCCAGUUGAUGCUCGCUUCAAGUGUUAAAAAUGUCUUUCAAAGACCUCCGUAACUUUACAGAGAUGAUGAGAGCCCUAGGAUAUCAUAGACUAAUCUCUAUGGAAAACUUCCGCACACCAAAUUUCCCUCUGGUAGCCGAGGUGUUGAAAUGGCUGGUCAAAAGAUAUGACCCGAAUGCUGACAUUCCCACCGAUGUGGACACAGAACAAGACAGAGUUCUCUUCAUAAAAUCUGUGGCACAAUUCAUGGCUACAAAAGCCAAUAUUAAGCUGAACACAAAGAAACUGUACCAGGCUGAUGGGUAUGCUGUGAAGGAACUUCUCAAGGUGACCUCUGUGCUGUACAAUGCCAUGAAGACCAAUGUGAUGGGGUCCCUGGACAGCCUAGAUGAUGAGGACAGCACUCCUGUGUCUUUUGAUAUCUCAUCAAGGAUAAUGGAACUCAAAGAAGCGAGACGACUGGCCUCAGAAAUUGUUACAAAAGGGGCAGGCCUAUAUGACAUGUUGGGAAGAGAAGUGGAACUUCGGGAGAUACGGUCGACAGUCAUAGCCAGACCCCUGGAGAUUGAGGAGGUGGAGAGAGGGCUGAUGGCUUCACUAAAGGAAGUGGAGAAUGAAAUUCAGAAGACCAUGAAUAUGCUGGAUAAUGUAGCCUCUGAUGAAGUCAACUUGGAUGCCAAAAUAGAUAAGAAGAACAACGAGUUGGAAAGAAAUCAGAAGCGAUUGCAAACACUUCAAAGUGUCAGGCCUGCCUACAUGGAUGAAUAUGAAAAGUUAGAGGUGGAUUUACAGAAACUCUAUGAGAUUUACCUGAUAAAGUUUAGAAACUUGGCUUACCUGGAACAUCAGUUGGAGGAUUAUCACAGAUCAGAACAGGAUAAACUAGAGGAAACUGAAGCAGCUCUAAAAUUAAUGGCUGAUAAGCUGAAGAUGGAAGAAAAUAAGUCACAAGAAGAUCAAAUAGACUUUGACGAUGAAUUUGGAGGACUUGUAGCUGAGGAUGAUGAUGAUGGAGCAUCAGAGUCAGAAGAAGAGCGUAUACCACGCCGACGAGACCGACCCAUCCACCAUCGUACACGGCCCGAAAUGACUGGGAUGGUGGGACGAGACAAACCAAGAGUGGUUGGUUCCAUGACAGCUGGGCUCAGCGAUGAUGAUGAUGAGAGCGGAAGCGAUGAGUCUGGCUCAGACAUUGGCCUGGAUGAUAAUGACUUAGACGUUGAGGAUGAUGGUGGCAGUGAUGAAGAAGUGGAGAUGACACACAACAUCCAUGGACGACCACCUCCACGACGCAGUGAUCUGGAUGACAGCGACAAUGACUUCUGAGCCACAGACAUUUUAUCAUCAGGGAAUUCCACAUACCUGAUACAAUAAUUGUAUAUACGUUAUACCUUCAAAAUUUCUACAUUCCGUCCAAUAGAAGUAUAUGAGUAUACAGCACUCAGCUUUCCUGGAUCUCUGCCAUAUGUUUCUGCAUCAAUUAAUCAAGCUCAUUUAAUUUUCUUCAGAUUAGGUUGUCCAGUAUUCAAUCAGCUGUUCCCUUUGAAUGUUUCAAAUGGGUCGCUGUUUUUCAGAAAUGUAGUUACAAUACAGUUUGUUACUUGCAUGUCAUUACAGGACAUGCUGAAUAUGUAAAUUGUUUCAUUUCAAAUAUUUGUUGAUGUUCAGUAGGGUUAAUUACAUCUAUUUUACACCUUUGUAUCAAACAUUUGUGUAGAGAUCUGUAUGCUAAAAUAAUGUCAUCUGUGUCUCAU